AUGCACGGUCCGAUCUGGAAACACCACAACAAAGCAGGAUUCCUCAAGAGCAUGUCAUGCAGUACCACAGACUGAAUGCACUGAUGGAAAUGUACGGUGACCUCAACUUCACCGUCUUAGGAUUCUCCUGCAACCAGUUCGGUCUUCAGUCACCUGAGGUGAAUCAUGAAACCCUCAAUAUUCUGAAGUAUGUGAGACCUGGUGGAGGAUUUGUGCCAAAGUUUCCUGUCUUUGGCAAGGUUGAGGUGAACGGAUUAAACGAAGACCCUCUUUUCACUUAUCUAAAGGAAUCUUUGCCAUUUGUGAACCCUGUUGUUGGAGAUGUGAAAAAAUUAUUCUGGUCCCCAAUAAACGUGAACGACAUUCGGUGGAACUUUGAGAAGUUUCUCAUUACUGCAGAUGGCAUGCCCUUCAAAAGGUAUGAUCUUCACUGCCCCAUCGAGAAAGUCGAGAAGGACAUAACGGAGCUUCUCUGAUGGACUUUCUUCAAGUUGUCACCGGUGGCAGAGUGACGAUCCCCCAGUAAAUGCACACGUGCACCUGAGCUGGAUCUGAUGGAAAGAGGAACCUGCCUCGGAGCUUCGGUGCAUUCACUCCGAGAACAAGUUCCCUUCAGCCACUGGAGGAGUUUUCAUGUCACUGUCG